AUGCCCCAACUGGCUGUUGAUUGGAAGUCUCAUCACUCGCCCACUGCCUCUCGGAACCAAGGCCUGACCAACCUCAACAACCAAUUUGACCAAAUCGAGAAGGAGUCCGAGGAGGGCUUGGAGGCCUCCAACGUCACCGCCACGCCCAGCCAGCAGGUGCGGGCCGACUUUGAGGAGAUCAUGGACGACUUCCUCGGCCGCUUUGAGGUCCUUGGCGGCAAGAUGAAGCCUGUCAUGGCUAGCAACUCCCCCCUCGAUAAGCUUGACACCCUCCGCUCCGAGCUCCUUGGCCCCGCCGCACAGCCUGACUGCCACCUCAAACGCCGCGCCGUCAAGGAGCAGAUCCUCGCCAAACUCAAGGCCGACCAACGUGCCCACAACUCCCGGCUCGCAUUGCCCUCCCAGGCUGCCAUCAGGGAAUGA